CCAGGAGAAGUCUCCACGAGUCGGGAGAGCCAGACGUCCUGGGGCUAGAGGGAUGCGGCUGCCCAGUACCCUCAUACCUGUGGCUGUUUUGCUUUGCUCCACCGUGCUGAUCCCUGGCGGAGGAGGUGAGCCGGUCUUCGGGAGAAGGGAUCAUUCCGACGCAAACCGCAACAACUGGCUUGCUCCCCGCAUCGUCACCACUCAAACAGCAGAGGAAUAUUUGAAAAAGUUUGGUUGGGGCCAGCCGGUGGAUUGGGAAAACCAAGACACUGGUAAGGACGAUGACCCUAAAGAGGAGAACUCUGUUCCAGAUGAAGUGCCUCAGAUUAUGACUGAAGGAAUUUUUGGAGAGACCGUCACGAGCAAAACUCCGAAAGAGUCCACCGAAAAGGCUUCUUACCUUCAGAACCUGAAGGAGUUCCAGGAAGCUAAUGGACUGAAUCCCACUGGCAUCCUUGACAAUGCCACCCUUGUGGUGAUGAACCUGCCUCGCUGUGGUGUCCCCGAUAAAAUGCUGUUGGAAAACAGCUCCCUGCACAACGCCACCUCACGCAACGAGUCCACCUACAGUAGUUUGGGGAGCACCCGGCCUACCUCUGAGCAGGGGACUGCCAGGAAGAAGCGUUUCCUCGCCCAUCUGAUGGGGCGUUCCAGACAGAAGAGGGAUGGCCUGGAUGCCCUGGGAGGAGCGACCACCAGCAUGGGCUUCUCAAAGCGAAAGCUGAAAUGGCGCCUCAUGGACGAAGCGUUCACCAUCCAAAUGAGCAUCGAGCAGCAGAAAAAUAUCCUGGGCCUGGCUUUCCGAAUGUGGAGCGAGGUGACUCCACUGGAGUUCGAGGAGGACAUUGUUUCUCUUCCUUCCGACAUUGACAUCAAACUGGGCUUCGGAACAGGGCAACACCUCGGCUGUUCGCAGGACUUUGAUGGAACGGGACAGAUCUUCGCCCAUGCCUGGUAUUUGGCAGAUAUCCAUUUUGAUGACGCGGAACAUUUUGUUGUCGCCAACAACGGGCAUGGCAUUAGUCUCCUUACGGUUGCUGUCCAUGAGAUUGGCCAUGCCCUUGGCUUGCCCCAUCUGCUUCGAACAGGCUCAGUUAUGCAUCCAAAUUACAACACACACGAUGAAAACUUUGAACUGGACUGGUUAGACAGGAAGGCUAUACAGCGCUUAUAUGGUGUUUGUGAAGGUGCUUUCAAUACGGUAUUUGACUGGGUCUAUCAGCGUAAGAAUGCCGAUGGGGCCGUGACAUACAACUUCAACACAUACUUCUUCAGAAAGGGCUGGUACUGGCUGUAUGAAAACAGGAGCAACAGGACACGCUACGGAGACCCCAUUACCAUCUCCACUGGUUGGCGUAAUCUUCCUGAUUCAGAUAUAGAUGCCUUUGUUCACAUUUGGGCCUGGAAUAAGAAUUUUGAGGAGAAGAGAGAUGUACAGUAUUUCUUCAAAGGAACAAAGUACUGGCACUACGACCCCAUCAAUGACAUGGCUUUUACUCAAGAUGCCCAGGGCAACAACUAUCCCAAGCCCAUCACUGAAGGGUUUCCUGGAGUUCCCAGCCCAAUAGACACAGCAUACUUUGACAGAAAUGACCGAAACAUUUAUUUCUUCAGAGGCGAGGAGGUGACUGCCUUCAGCAUUGAUCUUAAUCAGAAGGUGGAUGGCUUUCCCAAGAAGAUUGUGGAUAUCUUUCCAGCGUUGGUGGCUGGUGACCACCCUGUGGGCAACCUCAAUGCCGCCUAUUACUCCUACGCCCACCGUGUGCUUUUCCUCAUGAAGGACCGUUAUUUCUGGAAGGUGGUGACUGAAGAGGAGCGGCAAGUCAACCCCAGCCUGCCAGCCCGGGGCCUCCAUGCCCGUGUCAGCAUGACUGAGCAGUGGUUUGAUAUCUGCAAUGUCCAUUCAUCAAUGCUCAGUCUGUCAUCUGGUUAAACAUUAUGUGCCCUCAAUCACCCCUUCACUGGUGGCUGGAGAGGUGCAGGACAUGGGUGACCACCUGAAAGGACUGUGCCUCCAUUUUGUAAAUGAUCUUUGGCAUUAGCACUAGAUACCCUUUGUUGAUAUAUAUUUUAGUCAAACAGUCAGGUAAGAAUAUUUCACUGUGGUCCUGUUUGCCGUUCCCUUCGAAUUUAGCUCCAGGUGUCUGAGUCUUGAACACACCCACCCAAGAGCAAGAUUGAUGGUACUAACAUCACUGGCCAUGUGCAGAGUGUUGAUAGAACAGCAGAUAAGUGCUUUCUAAAGAGCAUCAGUUCAAAACAGGAACCGACCUUAAGUUGCAAUAAACUGACUGGAUAAGAGUUAACUGCGUUUUUAAAAUAAAUUUUAUUUUUGUAUAGAAAAUUCCCACGUAGUUCAAGGACUAGAGUUUAUUGAAAAUAACCCACUUCAUUGCAGCUGCUCUCAACCACUCUGAGCCCAUCUACAGAUGAGGUAUAGUGAUUAGGCCUUUGCCAGAGUUUUGCUUCUCUUUGUGUUUCAAGAUACUGCUUAAAACUGGGGCCCAGAGAGUUUUGUGUCAUCGAGAAACAUUAGGAGCAUUAAUGGCCCUCUCCGAUCAACCUCAAAAGCCUGCUACCACUAUUCAAACAGAUCAUGGCUGAACUUCCACUUGACUUCAUUUACUUGACUUUGUUCCCGAUCUCUUGAGAUAUUUACCCAAUAAAAAACUACCAGGCUCAGUA